UCCACCCCCGCCCGCCCCUGCGGCGCUAGCCUCCUGCCCCUCCCAAUCCACCUGCUCUCCUGGGGCUGUGGUUGCUGGGAGACGGUUGCCUGGUCACCACUGUUGUUUCCCGGGCAGAGGGCUCACACCACCUGGUCGGGCAGGUAAGUGAGACAGGUGGGCCACCGGCAGGGGUCCAGACCCAGCACGAAGGCUGGGGCCUGCCAUCCAGUGCCCCCCACCGGGUUCCCCAGGCCCCCAGGAGCCCUGCGGGUCCUCUCAGGACUCUGCCCAGGAGCAUAAAGGAGGCGUGGGAGGGGAGGGGAGGGGAGGGGAGGGGCCACCUGACUGGGCAGAGGCCCCCCUGUGGAGGGCCCGCACCCCCAGGGCCGUGGCGUGAGGGACAGAGACCCCCAGGCUGGGCUGAGAAGGUCAUGCUUCCCGGGGAUGGCAGCCCCUCAGGCCCAGCUCCUUUGCUCAGGACCAGGUCUGUUUCCCAGAGCCAACUCCCAGAAGAACGGCCUCCUAAAGUCCACGGGGAGCCACGUGCCCCCAGGCAGCUCGCCCCAGGCUGGGAGACACCAGACCAUCCAGCAAGGUUCGCGAGCGUCUUCUGCUCAUCACACAGGGGCGCCCUUUCCUGCCGGUCUUUUUACCUGACCAGCCUGCACCGAGGCCGAGCACGGAGACACUGGCGCCCACCCGACCGUCCCUGCAGGGGCCUCAUCCCCAACAGCCAGGAUGCAGAGACGGCCCUGUCCCCAAGGGCCACCAGGCCCCACGGUCACCACGGAGGCCAGAGCCAUCCACAAGAGGAAGCCCUAAUGCAGGGUGCUGGGCGGCACCCCGCCCCGGGCGGGGUGAGCCUGACCGUGUGCCCAGCUCAAGGGCCAGGGCCAGGGCCACGAGCCACCCGAAGGUCCCACAGAGGGGUGGGGGCCACAUCUUCCCAGGGGUGUCCUUGCCCCGGUGCCCCAAUCCCUGCAGCCUGUGGCCACACCCAUUUUAUCCACCGCCGGGCACUGCCCCCUCGGACCCAGGUUGGCAAGAAGAGAGGCAAGCGGUCAAGGAUGGCAGGGGUCCGGCGGAGCCACGCCCAGAUGCCAGGCUGGGCCCGUGAGAGAUCAAUGGGGAGCCGCCGAGAAGAGGGGCUCCUACACCAGCUGAGCCAACGGGGCAGAGAGGCAGGUGGGCUCAGCAGGGCCCAGGCAGGGGCAGAAAAGCCACCAGCUGGGCCAGAGCCUCCGACCACCCACCUGCCCGCAGACGACCUGGACGAGGACGACGCUGCCACGCCCCAGGCCACCCUCCUGGAGAAGCACCCUCUGGCGGGGGAGAAGCAGCCGUCCAGCAGCGGACAGGGCCCCUUCUUCUACAUUGGAGGCACCAACGGGGCUUCAAUAAUCAGCUCCUACUGCAAGAGCAAGGGCUGGCAGCGCAUCCAGGACGCCCGGCGGGAGGACUACCAGCUGAAGUGGUGCGAGGUCAAGAGCAGGGACACGUACUGCAGCUUCCGGGAAGGUGAGCAGCUGCUGUUCCAGCUCCCCAACAACAAGCUGCUCACCACCAAGAUCGGGCUGCUCAGCGCCCUGAGGGAGCGUGCGCGGGUCGUGAGCAAGACCAGCAAGCCGGCCCCCUGCCCUCAGGACAGAUCCAGAAAGGACAUGACACUGGCCCUCGAAAAGCCUGUGUGGACCAGCCCAGGAAACCUUGGGCCACAGAGGGUGCUAAAAAUGGAAGAAUUUUUCCCGGAGACCUACCGGCUGGAUAUCAGGGAAGAGAGAGAGGCUUUCUUCACCCUCUUUGAUGAAACCCAGAUAUGGAUCUGCAAGCCCACUGCCUCCAACCAGGGCAAAGGCAUCUUUCUGCUCAGGAGCCAGGAGGAAGCUGCUGCCCUCCAGGCCAAGACCCAGCGCCUCGAGGACGACCCCGUCUAUCGCAAGAUGCCCUUCCGGGCACCUCAGGCGCGGAUUGUGCAGAGGUACAUCCAGAACCCGCUGCUGCUGGACGGGAAGAAGUUCGACGUGCGUUCCUACCUGCUGAUCGCCUGCGCCGUGCCCUGCAUGGUCUUCUUCGGCCACGGCUACGCCCGACUCACCCUCAGCCUCUACGAUGCCCAUUCCAGUGACCUCGGUGGCCAUUUAACCAACCAGUUCAUGCAGAAGAAGAGCCCCCUCUACGUGCUGUUCAAGGAAGACACAGUGUGGAGCAUGGAGCACCUCAACCGCUACAUCAACGACAAGUUCUGCAAGACCAGGGGCCUCCCCCGAGACUGGGUCUUCACCACCUUCACGAAACGGAUGCAGGAGAUCAUGGCCCACUGCUUCCUGGCUGUCAAAUCCAAGCUCGAGUGCAAGCUAGGCUACUUCGACCUCAUUGGCUGCGACUUCCUGAUCGAUGAAAACUUUAAGGUGUGGCUGCUGGAGAUGAACUCCAACCCUGCCCUGCACACCAACUGCCAAGUCUUGAAGGAGGUGAUUCCUGGCGUGGUCAUGGAGACCCUGGACCUGGCGCUUGAGACCUUCCGGAAGAGCCUGCGCAGCGAGAAGAUGCUGCCGCUGCUGACCCAGCGGCGCUUCGUGCUCCUGCACAACGGCGAGGCGGACCUGUGGCCGCGCCCCGGGGGCUCCCGCAGCGUCCCCCGCCCGCCCGCCCGCGACUCCACGGCCUCCGCGCCACCCCCGCUCCGCGCCGCCGACUGGCCGGGCGCGCGCAGGCCCGCGCCUUCCCGGGGCCCCGGGGGCGCACCCGGGCGACCCCCGCCCGCGCAGCCCUCCUCCGCGCUGCGGCGCUGCCGGCCGCCCUCCCCGGCCCCCGACGGCGCCCAGGACCCGGACCCCGAGGCCCCGGGCAGCGGGCGGCCGCGGGUGGGCGGCGGGGACCCGACGCAGGAGCCGUCUCCGGGGCCGGCGCAGGAGGAACGCAAGGACGUGGGCUACCGCGGCUCCUAGCAGGCGGGCCACCAGCGCCCAGUAGGGGACCUAUAAAAGCUACUUUGUUACAAACGCGGUCUCUGCAGCGGGUCCGCGGCUUUCGGCACCCUCAGCCUCCAGACUUCCCUGGCAGCGUCCCUGGCCCCCACCUGUCCUCCCUCUGCCCCACGAGCCCUACCCCACUGCUGGGAUCAGUCCUUGGGAGCACAGGGGUGGAGAGAUAAGGGAGUCUGUCCUGCGGGAAGAGGAGAUGAGCCCCAGAUGCCUCACUCUGUCCAUCAUGGGCUCCUCCGCCUGGGGCAGGCAGUUCCCCAACUCCUGGACCCCCACCCAUCACCUGCGCCUCAUCGCCCCCCACCCCGGGACCUCCUGCAGCCCCUCAGCCCACCUGACCCCUACUGCCUGGCUCAGUGUGCCCCAAGAAAGAGUCUGGCUCCCUAUGAGCCCCUCUAGAUCCCCACAGCAGGGCUUCCUCAAAUCCAAGAUGUUCCUCAGAGGCCGUGCCUGAGACGUGCCCACGGCACCCAGCACAGCUCUUUACCGGACCUUCAGAGCCGCAGGGCCCUGAGCUCACUGCCUGCGACGGCCCCUGACUUUGCUGCAGGCGGGCCCUGCGGAGGCCUAGAGGACCCAGGCCAUGGGCGGCAGGCACGUGGUCAUGGCAGGACAGUGCCCUCGGGGAUGUGCCGAGCCAGCGUGUCUCUAUGUUCCCCACGGGCCCGGCGGAUGUGUCAAACCCCUCCCACCAAGCGUCCUGAGCCAUCACUCCCUCUCCACCCCUGCCCCCCACACCCACCCUUGCCCUCACCUCACCAAAUGGUCGCUGCCAAGUCCUACGCCCUCCUGCUGCCUCGCCCACCUAUGCUCCCCACCCCAGCAGGCUCCACCACUGGUGGGAGGGGCUGCUGGGACCCCUGCCCUGCAUUAGAGCACCACAGGGCCUGUCUUCCCACGCUGGCCACCUGCCACUCCUUCCCCAGAGAUGCCAGAGCCACAGUCCCUCUAGAGGGCAGCGCUGCCAGGUCUCUGGCCAGCACCCUGGAGGUGUAGCCGGGAGCCAGAGACUGGGGCUCGGAGAAGUAGGGCCAGGCCUCCCCGGGUACAGACCCGGGGAGGGGACUGACCUGUCCUGUCACUCACAGCCUUCCCACCCACACUCCCCUCAGCUUCCUGCUGCUGUGGCUGGCGUGUGCAGUCCUCAGGCCAGGAGUGCACUUGUCACUGUGUGUCUGGGGCCCGGGAGCCCUGAGUCCCCUCCCAGCUUGUCUCAUGGGCUCUCCAUGAGGGGUCAAGCUCAGCAGUGCCUCCUCUGCAGCCCGCUGGCCAGCUUUGUGCCCCAAGUCUGGAAGACCAGCCUCUACCAGGGAGAGGGGGCCUCCUGGGGGGGAGGGCCAAGUGCACCCCUGUCUUCACAAAACCCACACCUGGGACUUUGGGGUCAGGACCACCUUCCCUGCUGGCUACAGAGCCACGUCAGCUCGGGUCACCUCCUGAUAACGCCAAGCACCCUCUGUUCCUCCUGCCUCAGCUCCCAGGCUUCUCCUUCCCCUGGCCUCUACCUGCAUUGGCUGGGGCUCCUGAUGGGCCCCGUGGUGGCUGUUGUGUGGUCCCAGGAUGUUCCAGCUCUCCUCCCAGCCAGAGUGGGACUGUUCCCCUGGUCCAGCCAGCCAGUCAAGGCCGCAUUUGCAGAGGUGACCUAAUCCCCAGGGAGAGGCUGGCUCUGCUGCCUCUGUCAUCCCUGGGCCCGGAGAGGAUGCAGUGGCCCAUGGGCACCUGUGUGGGGCAAGAAGUGCGAGUCCUGACUGAGCCCCCAUCCCCAGGCUCCCCAAAGCCCUGGCCAGACUGCUGACUUGGGCCCCUGGCACCUCCUGAGAGCAUGGAUGUCAGUCAGUGAGGUGUCCCUGCUGUUUGUCUGUCCAUCUGGAUCCUCCCCAGCCCCUCCCAGCCCACACUCGGCCUCCUUGCCAGAACUGCAAGGGCUGCAGGGAGGGCGGGCAGGGGGCCGAGUCUGGGCUGUGGGUACCUGGGCAGGUACAAGGUGUGCCCCAGUCCUCAAAUGAUGUGAUGGGUGGUGGGCACAGCAGAGACAGCCGGGCCCCAGCAGUGGCUUGAGAGCCAGAGUCAGCAGCAGGGCGGGGGUGCCCCUCCUAGCGCCCAGGACAAGGCUGCUCAGCGCUGCAGCCCAAGCUGCGUCUCCCCGUCCCUCCCACCCCUGUUUCCCCUCUACUCUCUCCCCGUCUCCUCCAGGGGUGAGUCCUGGGUCCUGCUUGGGGAAGCGGAGGCAGGGGGGAUCUUGCCGUGUCUCCCACCCACGGAAGGUCUGGGGAAUCAAGCUGCCCUUGGCUUUGACCCAGGAACCACCCGGGGAGCGCCACUAUCCCUGCAGCCCCCAUCUGGAGGCCCUCACCCUGGCACUCGCUGGAGCCUCCCUCAGCUCCUAGCAAUCAGAGGUCCGUUUCAGCCCAAUUGCCCGUGAAGCCUUGAGGACUCAGAGGAUGCCGCCCCCCCAGCCCCUCUUCCCUGGAAGGAGUCUCCAAAAAAGGUGUCUGGAACAGCCGUGGCCUGACUCACUCUGGAAAACACCUCAGCCCCCGAAGCUUCCUGGAGAGACGUCUGCCCCUCACCCAGUGUGCAGCCCCUUCCCAGUGGGAAGAGGGUUUCCGGGCCCUGAAAACCACUGAGGGGCCAGAGGAGGGCAGGCCCUGCAGGACUGAGUCCUCUGCUGACCUCAGAGCUCAGCCCAGCUGUGGGAGGAGUGGCUGUGCUCUGGAAGGUUCAGGAAACCAUUGAGGAGUGGGCGCCAUGGCCCCAGGACCUAGUCAAGGGCCCUGAGGGGCCAAGCUUAGCAUCCUGGCACCAGGAGGCAGCCAGUGACAACCUGCCCCUGGACAGCCCCCUGGAGCUGCCCUGGGAUGGGUUGGGAGGGGCUGGGGUCCUGUUCCGUCCAGGACGGGAUCUCGCUCUCUGCCCACUGUCCAUUUGCGA